GUUAGCUUGCAUUUUUCAUCGUAAGUGUAACACUAGUCUUUCUAACCAUGGACAGCCCUUCCAGUCCCACAGUUCACCGCCAAUCCCACUAAGCCAUAAACCAUGGAGCUCUCUCUGACUUUCAGAUCCCGAUCACCUUUCCUUCCCCCUAAACGCAACUCUUCAUCCACUCAUCCACCAAAGCUCUCGAUACCCAUCAUUUCUCCCACACCAGCCCUUCAACUUCAGGGAACUCAUCGCCUAACGGUCGAAGCAGCUGCACGGAAGAAGAAGAAGAAGAAGAUUGAGGGAGUCAGUGAAGAGUUGAACUCGAUUGUUUCACUGAAUCUUGACUAUGCUUCUGCUCGUAGAAGAGUUCGAUCUGCUUUCAUGGAAGUGCAGCAGCAACUUGAUCAUUGCUUGUUCAAGAUGGCUCCUCCUGGUGUAAUAACAGACGAGUGGAUUGAAAGGAAUUCAAAGGUAUUGGAGAUUUUCUUUAGAAGCUGGAUGCCAGAACCAAGGAUGAAAAUUAAAGGUGCUGUAUGUUUUUGCCAUGGAUAUGGUGAUAGUUGCACGUUCUUCUUUGAAGGCAUUGCUAGGUUCAUUGCCGCAUCUGGCUAUGGGGUUUAUGCUAUUGAUCAUCCGGGAUUUGGUCUUUCUGGUGAACUUCAAUUAAAAUAUAUUCCAACUCUGGUUGGGGUCAUAAGGCACCCAUCAACAGGCCCCACCACUGGGUCAACCGAUAGCACUUCUGACUUUUCACAUUCUGUAUUUGGAACAUUUUGUUUUGACAUAAACUUUGUUGCCGCUAAGAUUGAAGAUGAUGUGACUCCUUCAGAACCAGUUUUGAAGUUUUUGACCCUUCUGGCUAAAGUUAUGCCAACAGCAAAGCUUGUCCCACAGAAAGAUCUAGCUGAACUGAUGUUCCGAGAGCCAAGGAAACAGAAGAUGGCUGUUUACAAUGUGAUCUCUUAUGAUGAUCGAGUGCGAUUGAGAACUGCUGUUGAACUCUUAAAGGCUACCAAAGAAAUUGAGAUGCAAAUGGAGAAGGUUUCAUCCCCACUGCUGAUUCUUCAUGGAGCUGCAGAUAACGUGACAGAUCCAUUAGUAAGCCAGUUUCUUUACGAAAAUGCUUCGAGCAAGGACAAAACCCUGAAGCUGUAUGAAGAAGGCUAUCACUGCAUUCUGGAAGGGGAACCUGAUGACAGAAUCUAUACUGUUCUUAAUGAUAUUAUUGAAUGGCUUGAUGCUCGGUGCUAGGUUUAGUAAAAUUAUUGACAUGCAGUGGUUAUUUUCCCUGCUGCUAUAUCUCCACUCAAUGCUACCAAGUUUUCAGAACUUUAGUAGUUAGGAUUGAUAUUUUCAAAGCAGUUAAAGACCAAAAAAAGUCAAUGUCAAUUCAGGAGGUGGGGAGGGCCACUCUGCUAAGUCAACAUUCUGUAAUUGGAGAAAAUGAAAUGGGUUCAAAGUUUUGUUUUAUAUAUUUCAUUCCAGCUGUUAUGGUGCUCCCCGGUACAUUGAUGCUGAAGUUUUCAUAGCACAAUAAAGAAUUGAUAAGCUGUUAGGUGAAGGUCCAUUAUUUAUGUAGGAUUUUGUAGGCUUUAUUUGAAAAAAAGGAAC